CUUAGACAUACAUGUAUGACGUAACAGUUUGGCGCAGUUUGCCUAGUGGCCAUUUUGUUUUCAAUCGCACGGCUGACUAAGGUGUCCAUCUAUCCAUUCAGCCUGGCGAGAGAGGCACACAAGCGCAACAAUGGAUUCAAAGCGGCAUGAACGCAGUUCCAAGUCCAAUACAGAUUCACCACCAGCUCCGCCUUCGCCUCCUAUGUAUAGUGCAAGUUAUACAACAUAUGAUGGGUACAAAAACAGAAUGUCAUCACGUCGUUCACCUUCACCUUCGGACUAUAGAAGCAGUAGAACAUCCCGAAAUGAUUCGCCACAGGACAGGCGUAGAAGAAGACGCAGUACUUCAAAAUCUCCACCAAGUAGAUCACACAGACGAUCUCGUUCUCCUGAUAGAGACAAAGAUCGAGAUAGAGAUAGAGAUCGAUCACGAAAAUAUUCUAGAAGAGAUAGAUCAAGAUCUAGAUCAAGAGGAAGAUCACGUUCUAGAGAUAGGAGACGUAGUCGUAGUCGUAAUAGAAGUAAAGAUAGACAUAGAGGCAGAGAAAGCCGUAGAUAUCAUAGAGCACCAUCAUAUGAAUCGGAUAUUGCUGAAGAUAAUACAGAAACAACUAUAUCUCAUCCAGUUGUUCCUCCACAAUCUAAUGCUUUUAAAAAUGAUGGUAGCUUUAUGGAAAUGUUUAAAAAAAUGCAGGAACAAAUGCAACCUGCACAAAAACCAAUGACUUCUGUUUUGGAAGAGAAGACUGUUAUUCCUCCACCUUUAAUGGUAGGAAAGAGGCGAGGAGGCAGAAUUUUAAAAACUGGAAUGGUUGCUAAGCCAAAGACUGAACAAACUGUUGAACAACCUAAGGAUGCCUGGUCACUAUAUAUGGCUGAAGUGAAAAAAUACAGAGAAGUUUGUUGUCAGGAAGAAGACAACACAAGACCAUUGGUUAAAUAGCUGAUUUUAGUUCUAUUUCCUAUUUUGUUACUUUGUUUUAUCUACAAUGAAUGUGCUUUCAAAAGAUGCUGUGUUUUUUUAAUUAAAUUAUGGUUGCAUUUAAAUAUAGAAGAACAGCUAUGAACCAAGUUUAAAUAAGACAUCUACUUGUACUAAAAUUAUUUAAGUUUGAGAAAGCUUUUAAGUACAUCUAUUCAUUAUUUAACAAGAAAAAUCUCUGUAAAAACAUAUACAAGCAAAAUUUUUUCUUUUUUUCAAUUAUUAGAUAGAAUGUACAGUAUAUAUUAAUGAGAAAUUAUAGAUAUAUAUAGUAUCAAAUUAUUAAAUAUUUCAACUUAAAAAAUAUUAUUAAUAUAAUACGGACUGCAAGUGAAGAAGUAAUUAAUGUUUGUGAUAGUGUAUUAAGUGAUGCAAGAGACAAAAGGACUAGAGCGAGAGACAAACAUGUAAAGAGUUUGCCUUGUGGGAAAAAGGGAGGGUGACUGUUUGUAGCGCUUUCAAUAAAUAUAAUAGAUUAAAUAACUUGUAACUU